AUGGACACUGAGAGUGAAAGUGGGAACUUGGGUGAUGAUAUCGAGAAAAAUCUGUUGCAGUAUGUUUUCCUUGAUGAUAAUGUGAAGGUUACAGAAGAUAAAUUUAUAUUUUCAUUUGAAGAUUCAAAACCAAUUAGAGUGGUCAAUAACAUUUUUUCAAUUACUUGGAUUCGCAUCAAGUUCAGCUCAUUCCAUAUUAAUUGUUCUGAAGUAGAUGGACUUCUAGAAAUUCCUGUUAAAAGAUAUGGAAACUUAUAUGUGAAUUUCACUGUGCAAUGUCAAUUGGAGGUGAAUUUAUCGAAGAAAUAUGCUAUUGUUCCUAUUACUAAUGAAAUUCACUUUGAAAAUGGGGUAAAAGAAAAAGAUUGUGUUUUUGAACUGCUUGAUAAUUCUGAAUUUGAAGGCAAAAAACAGUAUAGUAUUUCCUUAAUUUCUACUAUGGCAUUUUAUGGUAAUCCAAGUGUUGCAGUUAUAGACAUUUAUGAUAAUGAAGACGAACCCUUUUUAAGUUUCAAAGAAUCUUUAUUCUAUGUCAAUGAAAGUAACUCUUACUAUGAUUUUACUGUCACACGUAAAGGUGAUACUACUAAAGAAUUAAGCGCAAUGUGCAGCACUUCUGAUAUUUCGGCUCGUGGUAGUAGUGAUUUAAGGUUAACAUCUGGGACUGAUUAUAUAAGCCGUGCAAUUUCUUACGAAUCCUUUAUCACUUUUCAUCCUGGUGAAACUGAAGUAUCUUGCAAAGUGAAGAUUGUUGAUGAUAGCAUUUAUGAAGGAGAUGAAGAAUUCCAGUUGAUACUGUCAAACCCUCAUCCAAUUGGUAGACUUCAAAAUCCUACAAAAGCAACAGUGAUCAUAUGGGGAUUUAAUGACGCUAGCUAUGUGAAUAUAGAAAUGAAGGAAUAUAAUAUUUCUCGAGAGAUGAAAAAUUUCUCUAUUUCCUUAAUACGUGAAGGAAUAGAUUUGUCUCAGCCGUCUUCAGUUAGAUGUGGCAUUAAGUUAUCUAUAAGGAAAGAAGAAGAGAUAAUUUUGUAUCAUGAAAUAAAAUUUGAACCAUUUCAAACAUUAUCUAAAUGUCCUGUUGAAUUUUCAAGUCACCUCAACAAUUCUGACAUUUCUGAAAGCUUCUCAAUUUUUCUUGAAAAUCCAAUUGACUGCCUGCUAGGCCCUAAAAAUAAUCUCACAAUUCAUGUUAAUAAAGAAAAACAUGCUCCUGUGCUAGAAUUUGGUGCUGAUCAUAUUGUAGUGAAAGAAACUGAUGGCUAUGUCAGAAUUCCUAUUCUCAAAACUGGCGAUCUUGAUCAAAAUUCUACGGUAAUUUGUGUUACUGAGGAUGGCACAGCGAAAGCAAGGGAUGAUUAUGAAGAAAGAUAUCAAAAUAGAAAGCUGUCAUUGAUUCAUAUAAAUUCUAAGGAGGCAGAAGCAAUUUGUGGUUUAAGCAUUUAUGAUGAUGAAAUUUAUGAAGGUCCUGAAACACUGAAGCUAAAAUUGAUGUUACCAUUGAAAAGUAAAAAUCCUGGCUAUACCCUUGGAGCUCAAAAAAGUGUCACCCUGGAAAUAAUUGAUCCAGAAGAUGCUACCAUUAUUGAACUGGAAAAAUCAGAAUAUGAAAUAACAGGAAAUAUUUUCCCUAAUGCUUCAGUCUCAGCUGCCCUUGUAAUUACCAGAAGUGGGGAUGUAAGCUCAACAUCUAAAGUUAGAAUCAGUACAAUUGAUGGAUCUGCAACUUCUGGUUUGGAUUAUUAUGCUAAAAGUAAACUUAUUCAUUUUGCUGCAGGUGAAAAACAAAAGAAAUUUGAAAUUGAAAUUUUGUAUAACAUGCGUAGGAAUUGGCCUUCAUUUUUUACAGUAAUUCUUGGACCAGAUGAAAUAAUGAAUGCAGAAUUUGGUAACAUUUCUAAAGCUGUAGUUGUGAUCCCUAAUAUACCUUCUUCUAAAAGCUUGAUAUUGCCUGCAGUGCCAUUAGUUAUAUCUCUGUUGGACUUAGGAAAUGUUAGCAGAGGCUUAACACAGGAUGCAAAGUCUGGAUAUCCCUUAAUUUGCAUAACACCUUGUGAUAUAAAUCACCCAGAUUAUUCAGUCACCAACUCUCUUUGCAUCGAAUCUGAAAUAAAAACUGCAUCUUUGGAUUACCAGUGGGAAGUAUCAAUGCCUAUAGAUAAUGAAAGCUACCUUUCGCAUUUUGAAAGAAUUACUGAUGAUACAUUGUUCACCUCUGUUCAUGACAAAGUUCUGGACAGUAUAUAUUUUAGGCCACACGAGAAGGUUCGUUGCAUUGUAGCGCCUAAAGAUGCAAAAGGUCAUUUAGGAAUUCCAUUAAAGAGUGCAGCCAUUAAAAUUAGUCCCAUAGCAGGAUUUUGCCUAACCAGUAGGAGAAUGCAAAAUUUUAAAAGAUAUUUUCCAUCUCAGUCAUUUGUUGCUAAUCUUGAGUAUAUAAAUUCUUCAAACAGUGAACAUUCUAACAGAUUGCAUAUCCAUAUUGAAAUUCCUCAUGAGGAUGGUCUUUUGCCCUUGAUCUCUACAUAUCCUCUCCAUAAUAUUGAAUUUCUUCUUACCCAGAGUGUAUAUCAACAGCAACAUACAUGUUCAAAUUUACUACAAAAUUCAACAAGAAGCGCACAAACUAACAGCUUUUCUAAGUUUCUGUCUGCAGAUGUAAAUGACAUUAAGCAUGCUUUUCCUUGGUAUGCUGAACAAAUUAAAAACAAAACACGGAUGCUUUAUCAACAUCUUGAUUUAAGGAAAUGUAAAUGGACAUUUGACAGUUGGUAUAGUGUAAAUGAAUUGACAGAGUUAUGUGGUGGAACCGUAACAUCAGAUUUCAAAACACGUGAUACAAAUAAGGCUUACGUAACAGUUGUUCUACCCCUUUACAUUACGUAUUUAUUUGCUGCGGCUCCCACUGGCUGGACUUCCAUUGAACAUCACUCUCAGCUAGAAUUUUCUUUUUUCUACAACAUGCUUUUAUCGAAAUCAGGAUCACUCAUUGACAAUUCAUUUGAUGCUGCUCUUAAUAUAGUUCGAAUAGGUACAAACUCUGCAGGCCAACUGUAUUUUGAGUUCAAAACUGAAGCUAAGUUUUAUGGUCUUUUCGUGUUGGAACAUUAUACAGUUCCUGGAUUAAAAAGUCAUAUCUCCAUCCCAGAUAAUAUAAAUGUGCAAUUUGAUCUGCAAUUGCUUUGGACUGAGCAGACACUUGAGGGUCCAUCUCAGUUGUGGAAAGCAACUAGUAAUUACAAUUUAAAAGAUUACAGCGGUAACUAUACAAUAAAUUUGAUUCCUUGCAAAGUUACUUCAAGUUCGCAGAUUUCAUUGUAUAAAGGACAUAAUUUUUUGCCCUGCAUUGCUCAAGCUUUUCAGAAGUUUAAAGUUCCAUUGACCUUCCAGCAGUCAAAUCGCCCAGCUCCUGUUUCAUAUGAAUUAGAAACAUUUUUCCAAAUCUUUAAUGAUGAAAAUCUCUUUCUACAGAAUCCAUUUAAUAAUUCAGCAAGCUAUCAGUACAUUGAAUAUGAAGGAGCUUAUUCAAAAGGGGAAUAUGUGUAUGGAAGAGUGUUUUGGAGUCCUGAACAAGAGUUAGCUCCAUCUUACCAAUUGAGAAUCAAUGAAGUUAUACUUUGUGCUGCAGCAAAUGCUUUUUUAUCAGUUAAAGAAACUUUUGGAGACAUGCUGCAAUAUGGAUGCAUUACGUCUAACCAAAAUUUGAGACAUAAAUUUAUUUUAUUGGAUAGAAACAAUCCAGAUGCCAUGAAUUUAAACUUCCAAGGUAUAGCAUUUGAAGCAAAAUUUAUCGAUGAUGUGCCUGGAUUUUCACCUUUAUCAACUAUAUAUGGUGUUGAUGGUUUUACUUUCAAAAUUGAUCCGUUAUAUGAAAUUAAUGCCAAUCAGCAGUGGUUUUUACAAGUUAUGUAUUCAAUCAAGCCAAUGUUUAAAUUUCGUACCAGACGAACAUUAGAUGCAGACAAAUUACUUGAUGCGAAAGAGAAAAACGGUACCAAUAUCAAGAGAAUUGUUAUUAAGUCAGUAGAGUCAAGCAAAGCUUCAAAACUAUCAAGCAACACAGAAGAAAAUGAAGUAGGAGUUACGUUGAAAGCACACCAUUUUAUGUAUCUCAUCUCGUUAGUGUUGAUUAUAUUAAUAAUCUAUAUUAUGACUCUAAAUAAACCAAAGUUUCAGAAAAUAUUCUCAUAUCCAGCAUUUUUCUAUAUACAAUGUGUUUUUAAGAAGAAUCGAAAUGUAAGAGAUAAUAAUCAUUGUAAUAAAGAUUAUCAUCGAAAGUUUGAAAGGAAAGAAAAAUGUAGAGUGGUUGUUUAUAGACCUGUCGAAAUAACACAUUGUGAAAGCUUUGAGACAGAAGUUUGACUUUGUAUGCCUCCAUUGCAUAUUUUUAAUAAAAUAAACAUUAGA